AUCAUAGCUAUGUAUUGGUAGAUACGACACGUCCAUUUUGAGCUCCGUGCCGAAUGUGACGCUAAGAUAGAGGUCAAAGUCGUUCGGCGCAUUCCAUUUGUGUGGACGGCAAGAAAGCCAAAAGACCCAGGGUGCUGGUUGGUACAUUGUGCUGCAUACGGUUACGUAAAACGUCGUACAAUUAUGGCAAGGGAACUGAGGGUCCCUUUCACUUAUGACAUCCACAUCUUCUCCCGCUCUCCUGAAGAACAUCGCCAACAUGUCCGCCAAGUCCUUCACGCCUACUUGAAGACUGCCUCGUUGUUAAACCUGACAAAUGUGAAUUCCACUUCCCCUCUGUACACUUCCUGGGAUAUAUCAUCGCCAAAGGACAACUACAACCAGAUGAGGCUAAAAUCCAAGCAGUCGUUAACUGGCCCAUUCCCUCCACCCGCAAAGAACUGCAACGUUUCCUGGGCUUUGCCAACUUCUACAGCAGAUUCAGCCGGGAUUACAGUAAAGUGGCCCGUUCCCCUCACCAGCCUCACCUCCACCAGCUCCCAAUUACAGUGGACCAGUGCCGCAUCCCAGGCCUUUGAGCACCUAAAGGAAUUAUUCACCAGUGCCCCCAUCCUAAGACACCCCGACCACUCCCUCCAGUUCGUUAUGGAGGUUGAGGCCUCAGACACUGGAGCGGGGGCCAGCCUGUCCUCCGGCUACCACCCCCAAUCCAAUGGCCAGAAGGAGCGGGCGAAUCAAAACCUGGAGUCUGCUCUUCGCUGCGUUCCUGCACACAAUUCCGCCUCCUCGAGCACCUUUCUCCCAUGGUUGGAAUAUGGCCACAACUCCCUCACCAGCUCUCCCACAGAUAUGUCUCCCUUCAUGUCAAGUUACGGUUGCCAACCUCCUCUGUUUAAGGAACAGGAGCAUGUGGUGGCAGUUCCCGUGGUGAGGGAGCACCUUUGACGAGUCCAAUCCGUUUGGAAGGACGCCAGGACUGCCCUUACUCGUUCAGCCGAAAAGAAUAAGCGGCUGGCGGAUCUUCAUCACUCUCCCACGCCAGAAAACAAGGUGGGUCAGAUGGUUUGGCUCUCAUCCCGUGACCUCCCUCUCCAAACUGAAUCCCGUCAGCUCAGUCCACACUUCAUUGGUCCCUUUCCUAUCACUAAAAUCAUCAAUGCCACCUCUGUACAGUUAAAACUUUCCGUAUGUCUCAAGAUCCAUCCGACAUUUCAUGUUUCUCCGCUUUAGCCUGUCUCCACCUGUACCCGUUAGACCACCCUCACGCAUUGGAAAUACUACCUGGAGCAUCUCCUCAAUAAUCCAUUCUCCUCUACUCCCUCCGCCUCCGUCUGCUUUUGGGUCCAGUCCAUUAUUACACGAUUAACAAAUCGUGACAACAGGUGUCUGAACAUAACACAGCAACUCAAAAUUUAUCACACUUAUGGCUAAUGAUGUGAAGAAACUAAUAUAAACCAAUUUAGGGAGGCCCUGUUUGUUGAAGUUUCACGAUGGAUAGAGACAUUCAGAGAGAGAGGCAGAGUAAGAGUAAGCGGUGGUCGAGGAGUAACAGGAGAGAGAGAAGAUAUGAGGCAAAGAACAAUUAUGUACUGUAUUUCAGAUGAAAUAUGGGCAACUUUUGUUGACCAUGUAGUUUUCCAUGGUUUGACAAUUAGGGAAGCGGGAAUGCAGCGAGUGCAGCCUGACCUAAACAGACUCACUGUAUCCACCAUAGUCCUAAUAUUCAGAGACAUGAACAGGUAAUUGCUUGUUUCAUUAGGUACAUACAGUUCAUACAAUUCUGUACACAAAAAGGUGUUUUAAUACAUGAAUUUUCAUUAUACUUGUAGGCCUAGUACUUUUUUAAAAUUAUUUUUAAACAGGAUUUUUUUUGUUUUACUAUUGUGAACAAUAAAGAUUAUUUCUGCAGCUUUAUGAUCUCUCCAUUGUUUUUCUUCUUUUUAUGUUGUGGGUAAUGUCUAUUCAGUGGUAUUUUUAAUUUUGAUUGACAGGGUCUGUUUUGAGUCAAGAGUUUGAUUUUGCUGGAAGAUUCAGAGAAUCAGAAUGUAGGUUGAAUUUUUGGAUUUGUGUUUAAAGUAUUGAGAAAAUUGGUGGAGGUUUCAAGAAAUGUGUUUUAGCAAUUGUGAAAAACAAUUUCAAGUGCUAAACAGGAAUUUUGUUUUCUUUUACAAAAUGCAUUUCUAUUCAAAAAAUAAAGAUU